GUACUACAAAAAUAAAACCAAAAAUAAAAAACGCAAAAAUUGAACAAAAAUAGUACUCUUAGUUCUUGCUUUCGAGCGUGAAAGAGCCAAGGAAUUCAUUCAAUCGAAGGGCGAGAGAGAAGGAGAAAAGAAGAGCGAUGGGAGAGGAGAAGCGACACGAGAUGAUGCAAAACCUCUUCGGCGAUCAGUCGGAGGAAGAUGAAGAGAUCGAUUCCGAACAUGAAUCAAAUCCCCAUCCUAAUUACGCUUCUGAUGAAGCUGAGGGUGCAAUGGAGCCUGAGGGUGAAGGCGAAGGUGAAGCUGAAGUGGAGGGACAUGGUGAGGCAGAAGUGGAGAGUGAUGGUGACCUACGAGAUUUAGAACCUGAUCCUGGAGAAAGUGAGGGUGAAAGAGUACAAAGCUCCCAAGAAGUGGAUAUUGGGGAUCAAAGGGAAGAAAGUGAGGCAAAAGAGACAGAUAGUGAUGAAAAAGAAGACUAUGGUCAGAGGGUAGUGACUAGCCGGAGAAGGGAAGUAAUUGAGAGUGGGUCAGAAAGGUCUGAGGAAAACCAUUAUCAUGAUAACGAAGAUGAAGAGGUUGAUCAAACUAGAAGCUUGAGUAAGUCACCAGAGGAGGAGAAGGAUCCAGCUCACCUUUCACAUUCAGCUGCUGAAAUUCGUGAUGUAUUUGGUGCUUCUGAUGAAGAAGAAGAAGAAGCAGAAUAUGCAGUUCGACAUGAUAUGGAGCAAGAGGAAAUUAGAUCUCCUAUGGAAGAGGAAGGGAGCUAUGGGAAGAGUCCAAGACUUGAAGAUAUGGUGCAUGAUGAAGAUGCUCGUUAUGAGUCAGAUGAUGAGCAUGUUGAGGUGAAACAAAAAGAGAAGCCAGUUGGUCCCCCGUUGGAGCUGGAGGUUCCAUUUCGUCCUGCUCCAGCUCAUCCAACCAAGAUGAACAUGAUCAAAGUUUCAAAUAUAAUGGGCAUUGACCCAAAACCAUUUGAUCCCAAGACAUAUGUUGAGGAGGAUACAUUUGUAACAGAUGAGUCUGGCUCAAAAAAACGUAUUAGGUUGGAGAACAAUAUUGUUCGUUGGAGGACCGUCAGAAAGAAAGAUGGCACAACUUCAUAUGAAAGCAAUGCUCGCUUUGUGAGAUGGUCAGAUGGUAGUUUACAGUUGUUAAUUGGCAAUGAAGUUCUUGACAUAUCUGUACAAGAGGCACAACAUGAUCAAUCACACCUUUUUCUCCGACAUGGGAAGGGAAUUCUUCAAUCUCAAGGAAGGAUUUUAAGUAAGAUGAGAUUUAUGCCCUCAUCAUUGUCAUCGAAUUCUCAUCGGCUGUUGACUGCUCUUGUUGAUUCACAUCAUAAAAAAGUCUAUAAGGUUAAGAAUUGCAUUACUGAUGUUGAUCCAGAAAGGGAGAAGGAGGAAAAGGAGAAGGCUGAGAAUCAAACAAUCAGAGCUAAUGUUCUUCUGAAUCGUAAGAGGGAAAAGGUGAACCGAAAGUAUACACAAACUGUAGAAAGAAAGCGUCAACUUUCAACUGGGUAUCUGGAGGGUGCUCUUGAUGAGGAUGAUGAAAUGGAUUAUAAUGAUUCUCGUCGCUCUCGCCGCCGCUUUGAGGAAGACUUGGAAGUAGAAGCUCGGGCAGAAAAACGCAUUAUGAAUGCCAAGAAGUCGCAGGGUUACAGGGAUGUCCCUCGCAAGUCAUCCGUAUCAGAUGUAAAAUCAUCUCGGCGGCCUAUUAGUUUCUCUGAAAGUGACAGAGAGGAGUCUGAGUAUGAAACUGAAGGGGAAGAAGAUGAGAGGUCUGCACACAAUAGGAUUGAGGACGAGGAGCCAGAAUAUGAAGAAUCGGAGGAAGAGGAAGAGGAAGAGCGCUAUGAAGAGGCAGAUGCGAACGCUAACAGAGCUUCAGAGGAGGAAGAGGAAGCUGAGGAGCCUAGGCAAAAAGUGAAGGAGUCUGUUGGCAGCAGUAAGCGCAAGGGAAUCGAGUCGGAUGAGGACUCACCUCCUAGAAAAGCUCCCACACAUCGUCGCAUGGCAGUUGUUUAUGAUAGUGAUGAGGAAUGAAACAAGAUUACAGGGGAAAUAAUCGUAUCCUCAAACAAUGAACUAUUGACACACAACUUUGGUGGCUGGAAAGGAUGUUGGAGCUGAGCUUGCUGCUUACUUCACUGAGUUAUAUAACACUGCUGGAGACAACUUAAGGUUUAAAUGUUAAUUGUUAUAUAUGACUUCCAAAUUAAGUUGAGCUCAGAAAAGUAAUUGCUCUAGAAUUUGAGGAAAAGAAUUGCAGGCAAGUUAUUAUUUUUCUGUCCCAUAAUGUGAAAACUUGGUGUUAUAGACUCUUACUACUAACAUGUUUGAGGUUUGCCUUAAACUAAACUUGAAGGUUGACAUAAUCUAAAGGCCCUUUCUGGAAGUA